AUGAAGGGUGUUCUGGCAUUACUUGCCUUGGUGGCAGCUGUCUCCAGCAUGGAGAAUUACAGCGGACAACAAGUCCUGCGAAUUCUCCCAACCAGUGAGGAGCAGGUGAACCUGGUUCGGGACCUGGAAAACAUUGAGGAACUGACGAUUGAUUUCUGGCAGGGACCCUCCAGACCCAAUAGAUUCAUUGACAUCCGUGUACAAUUCUCCAGUCUGCAGGAUGUAAAGAUCUAUCUGGAGUUUCACAAUAUCCAGUACAGCAUCAUGAUCCAAGACCUGCAGACUUUGUUGGAUGAAGAAAGGAAAGACAUGAAGAUUGGACGUGCCAUGGAAAAUGCCCGUUCUACUGACACAUUCAACUAUGCCACGUACCACACCUUUGACGAGAUCAACAACUUUAUUGACACUCUGGUGGCUGAAAAUCCUGGCUUUGUGAGCAAAAUCGAGAUUGGCAGAAGCUAUGAGGGUCGCCCUCUGAAUGUUCUGAAGUUCAGCACUGGCGCUAACCGCCCAGCUUUCUGGAUUGAUACUGGAAUUCACUCUCGUGAGUGGGUUACUCAGGCCAGUGGUCUGUGGUUUGCUAAGAAGAUCGUUACAGAUUAUGGACGUGACGCAUCUCUUACUUCCACCCUGAACAAAUUGGACAUCUUCUUGGAAAUUGUGACCAACCCUGAUGGCUAUGCUUACACCCACUCCAGAGACCGUAUGUGGCGUAAGACCAGAUCCCCCAAUCCUGGCUCAACCUGUAUUGGAACUGACCCUAACAGAAACUGGGAUGCCGGUUUUGGAGGUGGUGGAUCAAGCUCAAACCCUUGCACUGAGACCUACAGAGGACGUGCUGCACAUUCUGAACCAGAGGUCAAGGCUAUUGUUGACUUUGUGAAGAGCCAUGGCAAAAUCAAGGGAUUUGUUUCCAUCCAUAGCUAUUCCCAGAUGCUCCUCUACCCAUAUGGCUACACCACUGCUCCUGCUAAAGAUGCUGCUGAAUUGAACAGUGUUUCUAGAGCAGCAGUUAAUGCAUUGAGAUCCCUGUAUGGAACACAGUACACAUAUGGAGACAUCAUUACCACCAUCUACCAGGCUAGCGGCGGUACCAUAGACUGGACCUACAACCAGGGCAUCAAGUACUCUUACACCUUUGAGCUUCGUGAUACUGGCCGUUAUGGUUUUGCCCUGCCAGCUAACCAGAUUAUCCCAACUGCUGAGGAGACCUGGCUGGCCCUUACUAAACUCAUUGAGCAUACUCGUGAUAACCCUUAUUAA